AUGGCCACCAAGCGCAAUUUCAAGUCCUCAGCCCCGAGGAAGUCUGAUAUUCCAGAGGGAUAUGCUGUUGAUCCUACUGCAGGGAACAUGUUACGGUUCCAGGCGUCACUUCCUCGGCUUCCAGUUCCGGCGCUGUCCUCAACCGUGCACAAGUACCUUGAGACCAUUCGGCCUCUACUGACGGAUGCGGAGUAUACCAAGUCCCAGGCUACUGCACAAGACUUUCUUAAAUCACCUCAGGCUGCUGAGCUUCAGAAACGCCUAGAAGCCCGUGCCGCAGAUCCAUCCAUCAAGAAUUGGCUAGCGGACUGGUGGAAUGAUGCAGCAUACAUGGGCUACCGCGACCCUGUCGUGGUUUAUGUCAGCUACUUCUACGUGCAUCUUGAUGAUCCACGCAGACGUGACCCGGCGAAGAGGGCUGCUAGUCUGAUCAAAGCUAUGCUACCUUUCAGAGAAAUCACAGAAUCGAAACAAAUAGAACCUGAAAAGGUUCGUGGGAUGCCACUGUGCAUGGAUUCGUACAAAUGGCUCUUCCAUGCAUGCCGAUACCCUACCAAGCCAUCCGACACUGCCAAGAAGUUUGAUCCAAAGGCACACAAUCACGUCGUGUUUGUGAGGAAGAACAAGUUCUAUGAAGUUCUGCUCGCAACCCCGGAAGGACAUGAACUAAGCGAGGCUGAACUAGAAGUACAAGUGGAACGAGUCAUUAGAAUGGCAGGAAAGGAGACAGGCGCUCCGGUCGGCGCGCUGACAGCGGAGAACCGAGAUAUUUGGACUGAUGCACGCUCUGCACUAAUAGCAAGUUCGCCAUUGAACCAACAAUCUCUCGAGCGGAUAGAGUCUUCCGCGAUCAUCAUCUGCCUUGACGACACUACGCCCGUCUUGCGCGAAGAUAUUUCUUGGUCUUGCUGGGUCGGAGACGGCCGGAACCGUUUCUACGACAAGCACCAAUUAAUCGUCUUUGAUAAUGGGCGAUCGGGUUUCCUUGGGGAGCAUUCGUGCAUGGAUGGCACGCCCACGCUUCGCCUGAAUGAAUUCAUUCUUGCUUCUCUUGCCCACAACAAGGUUGAUCUUGGUGCGCCUAGGUCUAACUCUACCGGUGCCAAUCUUCCGCAGCCCGUAGAGCUAAAAUUUGAGCUUGACGCCACAUGCGGGAAAUACAUUAAUGAGGCAUGUCAACAUUUUGACGAGCUCGUGGAUCAGCAUGACAUGCAGGUGCUCCACUAUGAAGGCUAUGGGAAAGACCUUAUGAAGAAGUUCAAGGCUUCGCCUGAUGCAUGGGUUCAGCUUGUGAAACAACUUGCUUUCCACAAAAUGUUUAAUCGACCUGGUGUGACGUAUGAAAGCUGUCAGACGCGCAAAUACCAGCAAGGCCGCACGGAGGUCAUUCGUAGUGCCAGCUUAGAAAGCAAGGAAUGGGCCGAAGCCAUGCUUAAUUCAGAAGAAUCUGAUGAACACCGCGCCGUGCUUUUCCGCCGUGCCGUCGCGCGCCACCUGCAGUAUGCUGCUUGGGCCGCGGAUGGGCAAGGGGUGGACCGACAUUUAUUUGGCCUAAAGAAGAUGGUUCGUGAUGGCGAGUCUGUCCCAGCUAUCUAUUCGGACCCAGCGUUUUCCAAGACGAAUCAUUGGGAAUUGUCAACAUCUCAACUUUCUUCCAAGUAUCUAGAUGGGUGGGGCUACGGAGAAGUUGUCACGGACGGUUAUGGACUUUCGUAUUCCAUCGAUGAUCAUUACAUCCGGUGGACCAUCACAUCACUUUUACGAAAUACUGCCGAACUGAAACACUACCUCGCGGAGGCUGCAACGGAGACGAGGUUCAUGAUGGAGAGAGUUGCUGCCGCUGAGCAGAAGGGGAAGUUGUGA